AAAAUCCACAAGAACACUUAAUUUGAAUGCGAAAAAUGAAAGUGGUUCUUGCGACGUCUAGCUUGCUGCUGCUAAUUACGUUGGAUUUCCCAAGGGACAAAUAGGCGGCUACCAAGCUGUCUGGAUACUUAGAAUAAUGGGCAGUCAGUGUGAAUGAUAUUUACCUGGCUAGAGAGCUGACUGGCCGAUGUUUACAUCUGUUGUGUGACCAGUGCAAACUGAACGCGUCUGUUAACUGCAGUUACCAUUCCACUUGACUCUGUGAAAUUAUGGCACAGAUGGGAGGCUUACUGCCAUCCUCUGCAGGGGAACAGCCCUCUGACAGUCGGCUUCUGGUGACAUUUCUCAUGUCAGCGAUUGACUCAAUGUGCAAGGAUCUGGCUAAGUCAAGUGUGGAGGUGGCCUGUGUGGCGGUCUUCAACCAAGAGGUGUUUGUGGUGGGCACAGAGCGAGGCAAAGGAUAUGCCAAGAUCAGGUCGGACUUCCAGAGAGAAUUUGUCACAUACUGUGUUUCUGAGGAGGAGAGAGCUAAAGAGCACAAGAGGAGUAAAAGCAGUACAUCUGAACAUGUUUCUGAAAAGCUGAAUAGGGAGAAACUGAUAAAGGCUGUGGAGGACCUCUUCUCAUCAUGUUAUGGAAGAGCGCUGGGGAAAUCCAGUCACAUGCCUGUGCCUUACAACCUGCUUCAGGAGGACCCUUCAGCUGUGGAAGUAAGAGGUCUUCCUGAUGGCAUCCUCUUAAAGGAGCCGAGAAGUUACGAUAUGUCAACACUUAAGAAAAUUCUGGAAAAGAAGUCCCACAUAAGCUUUGUAUUGAGAAGGGACACAUUUCCAGUUUCAGGACAAAGAAAGCUGAAAGCAAAGAGCACAAGUCUGGCAGUGAAGUGUGAAAACAGUUCACCAGAUCAUUUUGUAACGGUACGAGUGAAAGCAGAAUCCCAUGAAAACCAGGAGGAGUCAGAAAUGGCAGUUACUACUGUGAAGGAAGAACAGGAUGGCUCUCAUUACGCCUUGACAAGUAGUCAUUGUGAUAGGGAAGCUGGAGAGGAAGAGGGAAAGGUAUUCUCAGUAGUAGCCUCAGCAGCCUGCUGGUCGAGAGCUGGGAUUGACCUGGCCCUUGGCCCUGGCCAGCAUCCACCUAACUUAGGCUUCCAGCCCCACUUCAGCAGCAGGAACACCCAGUGCAGCACCAAAUGGGGCAUGACAGUCCUCCGCAAAUGGUACCAGGGCCGCUUCCAGCGGCCGGCCAGCACCAUCGACCUCAUGUCCCCCAGAGAGCUGGACGAGAUCCUGAGGGAGUUCUACCUCAACGCCAAGACAAGCAAGAAGGACCCGUACACCAAGAACUCCCUGAACGCCAUACGCAAGAGCAUCAACCGCUACCUGCGCGGGCCCCCCCUUCGCCGUCACAUCAACAUCCUCUGCGACUCCCAGUUCCCGGCCUCCAACCGCACCUACCGCGAGGUCUGCAGCACCCUGAAGAUGGAGGGCAAGGCCUCCACCAAGCACAUGGUCCCCGUGGCUGCCGAGGACCUGCUGAAGCUCUACCAGAGCAGCGCGCUGAAGACCAGCUCCCCUCAGACUCUGCUCAACAAAGUCUGGUUCGACAUCAUGUUCUUCCUCGCACGCGAUGGAGGAGGCGGCCGCUACAUGCAGCGGGAGUUCACGAGGGAGUCCUUCGGCUUCGGGAUUGACGAGCACGGCAGGGAAUUUGUGUAUGCAGUGAAGGACGAGCGCAGUGACUUGACCCGGAGGAUGUGUCAGAAGAUGAGGAUGUAUGCCCUUCCCGGAGACCCGCGAUGCCCGGUUUCAGCCUUCCAACUCUACCUCUCCAAACUCAACCCCUUCAGCAACGCGCUGUUCCAGCACCCGAUCCUGCAUCCCUCCACAGACAUUUGGUACAACACAAAGCCUGUUGGGGUCAAUGUUUUAGGCAGCAUGAUGCCCAGACUCUCUAAGGAAGCUCAGCUUUCUUUCAUCUACUCCAACCACAGUAUAAGAAUGACCCCAAUUGCACUGCUUCAAGGACUUCUGCAGCCACCUAGCUCAAAGGCUUCUUCACUGACAUUCAAGGAUCAAUGCUGAACAGUGCUGGAGAGCAUAUUACAUUGUAUGGAGCAACAUUUUCAUAUCGGUGUGUGCAGGAAUGCUGUGUCUUCAGAUUUCACUGCAAUGCACUUACUCUGCACUCAAAUGUUAAAUCAUCUUUUCCUGUCGUGCGUGGCCUACUUCUGCACGUCAGAAUUUGUACAGUUUAGUGCUUCUGUGUAAUAAAUAUUCAGUCUUUGGUGUUGGAAAAUGAUAUGCUGCAGUCACUGUGAUAUCAGAAAUACUUGGGCCUUUUCACAUGCUGCAAUAUUGAAGCCGCUGACAGGUUCUGUUCAUGGUUCCCCUUUUGGCUCUCCCUGAAUCAUUGAUCUAUGCUCAUGUAAAAAUGCAGGAUAGAAUAGAAUCAUCCACUGGAUACUGUUCUUUAUGGGAGUAAGUACAGUACAUGGAAUAUGUCACUGAAUGCAGUACCACAUAUGAUAGCAAAGUCUCCUAGCAUGACGGAAAUUAAUGGAAUUUUCUUAAGUUGAUGUAA